UUAGGAUUCCCGGCGAACUGCUUUUCGAUUCUUACAAUAAUCAAAAUGUCACCACCAAGGUCUCUCACUGUUUACAUCGCCCUCCUCGCCAUUGUCGACAACCUGGCCAUCGUCAACAAACUCCUCAUAUUUGUACUCAUGGAUUAUGGAGUGGAGAUAGGAUCAUUUGGAUGCAAAUUUCUUGGCUUUUGUGGAAACUUCCUCAUCACUCUUGCCAACUGGUUAUUGGUUGCUCUGUCCGUGGAAAGAUUCGCUGCUGUUUGGUUUCCUUUGAAGGUCGGCCAAAACUGGACGUUUAGGAAGUCUUUGCUUGUUGUAGGAGGAAUAACCGUGCCGCUCUUGCUUUUGUUCCUUCAUCUUUUCUGGACAACGGAUUAUAUUGCCAUGGAUUACCCUGGCACAUCGUUUUGUGGUAUCCGCGAGAGGUAUAUCGACUUUAUGAUUGAUGUUUGGUACUGGAUGAAUGUUGUGAUGUACGCCAUUCUUCCAUGUACUCUACUUCUUACCUUCAAUGUGCUGAUUGUUGCAGGAAUACUUAAAUCGGGUAGGUUGCACCAAUAUCUGAACAGGGAUGACUCAGUGAUCAACGUCAACAUCACGACAAACCGCCAACGGCAAGUGACCAUAAUGCUAGUGACGUCAGCAGUUGCCUUGGUCAUUCUCACAACUCCAAGAUGUGUAUUCCUUAUAAUGUCACCUUAUUGGACGGCCCCUGAGAACAGCCAUAAGGGGGCCACGUGGUAUCUGCUCGAUACAAUUGCCUUUGUGUUAUGUGACUCUACGCACGCUGUCAAUUUCUACCUCUAUUCUUGCAGUGCAAGGAGAUUCAGGCGACAGUUUCGUGACCUUGUGCUGUGCCGGAAACGGAAACGACCCCGUAGCUUACAAUACUACACCGUAUCUUGUCACCAAACAAUACGCUUUAAUACUGCACUAAGGAUCGCCGAUCGACCAUGCGUCCGGUACCGUAGUCAGGAUUACUGACUAACCGACAAUUUGAACCUGAGACGUAAUCUUAAUUCACACGACUAUUUUGUCUUAAAUAGCAUUGUGUACCAAGACAGUCCAGCUGCUUGACAAUAUACUUUAACCUACAUGUAGAUAUAGCUUGCAGACAAUUUCAACGGAUUUACGAACAUACGAAUUAUUGCAAGUGACAAACUGCGUCUGGUGCUGUUGGUAAACCAUGAAAUAUAAGCCGUAUUUGUGUAGUUUUACACUGAUAUUUAUAUUGAAUAUGUGCUCAGCAUUGUUUACCCUGUGUCAUUGCUUCGGGUGUUAAACACAGAGGCACAAAGUAGAUCACCUGACUUAGAAAUAAUUCUAAGAGCGUGGUAAAAGUGCAAAGUCUUUCAACUACAAAGGUUAAUGUACCUUGUAAAUAGUCGAAGCAAUGACUAGAUCGGCUUUGACCAGACAAGAGGUAACUGACACACUUAUCAAAUUGUCCAAACCGCUGGCCCGUCGUCCAUGAACAGUUUUGACCCGCGUUCGUUAUUUUCUCCCAACAAUGUGUUGGGUGGUAAAAAAAUUGUCUAGACCAUCCUACUGACAGCCUCUCUCAAUGGUGCACGAGCCCUUUCUUUUCGAAGUCAAGUUGGGGUUCAAUGGCAACCAUACACUAAAUACCCACUUUUUGCGCAUGUAUGCAGAUGGAUUUGGUGAAGCUUUGCAUGGUGGCAGGUUAUUAGGGUGCGUUGGAAUCUAAGAAAUGGUUUUCCAGUUUUGCACCUGCUUUAAGUUUUAUUGCCCAUAAGAAUAUUUUCACUUCUAUGCUAUACAGGUUAGAUCAAGAUAAAAUUCCAAGUAACUCCAAAAAUACAACUUGUGUGUUAGGCUCCACGACUGACUACACAUACGCCCAAUUAUAAUACAUUUUGAAAAAUAGAUGACCAAAUAAUAGCCAAGACAGAUUCUGAAAAUGCAGUAACACCAGAAACAUGGAGGUCCGUGAAAGCCAAAGGUUGUAGCAGAGCUUAAAUAAAAAAUUACCUUAAAACGUAUUUCGAAAAUCACAUCAUUGCUGCAUAUCUAAUUUCACGACACAUGCAGAAAUAACUGAGUUUUAAUAUGGCCGCCGUGACCAUGUUGUUAUUGUGUGAGCUUUUGAGACACGAUAUAUUGGAUCAUCCACACACAGUUUCAGAUCCAAUGGCCUUGUAGUUUAAAAUGAGAUGUCUAAAUUUAACAACAGAUGGACAGCGCGCCAGGACAUAAGCUCAAUUGACUUUCAGUCAGAUCAGCUAAAACUAAAUAAUAAAUAUAUUCGAGCACCUUGUAUGAUGUUAGCUUCAUUACUUCAUUAUAUUCAUACUAACAUGAAGCUGCACUUGUAAACAACCCCUUUGUUGUGAGGCGAGUCAUACGACAUGUUUCUUGUUUCGUCCAGGAAAGUUCAGUAACAUCAUGAUGGCCUUAUCGAGCAAUUUAUUCAUGAAAUUUUGUUCUAUGUGAUGUCCUGUUUUUCCUCUUGACUGUAUUAGUUUUUCCUCUUCAUCAUGGCUAUGUAAUUGUAUUUGUAUACAAUGUAUUCAUUUGGGCAACAGAAGUAUACACAUGUCCGUCAAAUACUGUUAUAAUAGUCACCAUUAUUUGAAUACCGGUGUAUAGCAUAUGAAAAGAACUUUACUAUCCAUUGAACAUAAGCGGCUGGA